AUGGCCGACGUUCCAUCCCGGCGGCGGCGGGGGACACUCGACGAUCCGCUGCACCCCUCCCCAACUGCCAAGUCCUACCCGUCGUGGCUCCAUGGAUCACUCCCCUCCUCCUGCCCUGAGCAAAGGUACGUCACUUGCCUCAUGGGUCCUGGAUCCGCCCCUGGCCGGCCGAUUUCUCUAAUCUGCUCUCCCUGCCGCGUCCGCAGGAGGGAUUGGGCGAAUCUCUCUGACGGGCCUAUGGGGAUUAUCGCCGAGCGUGUCCUCGCCUACGACAUCGCCGACUUCCUCCGCUUCCGUGCCGUGUGCCGUCCGUGGCGGCGAAUCUCCAUGGACCCACGCGCGCACGGCGGCCUAGACCGCCGGUUCCAUCCCCGUCGGUGGGUCCUGCUCCGAGAACGGCUCGCCACGCCCAACCGCAGGCGCUUCCUAAAUUCCUCCACCGGCGAGUGCAUCCACGUGGACAUCCCUGAGCUCCGUGAGCACGAGGUGCUCGCCCUCACCCCCGAGGGCCUACUCGUGUUGCUCCAUAACCAAUAUCACGUCCGCCUGCUCAACCCGCUCACCAGCCAACUCAUGCAGCUCCCGCCGAUCACCAUGCUGCUGCCUUCUGAGGACCACCACAGGCUUUCAGAUCGCUACAAUUUCGGGACCAACUUCGCAGCGUGGGGCUCCGGCAUUGCAGACGAUGAUUCAACAGUGGUGCUCUGCUUCUACCGGCUCCGCAUGCUUGGCGUUGCCAAGCCUGGCGACGACCGCUGGACGCUGCUCAAGUUCCCUGACCCACUAAGGACGGUACCUCUGAUGUUCUCCGGCCGCUUCUAUUGUGUUAACCUAAAUGGUGUCAUGGUCCUCAGGAUGAGUCCACCACGGCUCGAGGUGGCUGCCAAGCUGCAUAUACAGGUGUCCCGAGAAGGCUAUAGCGCCCACCUCGUGGACAAUGGCGGGGAGCUGAUGUUGGUUCACCGCAGGCGCUGGCACAGGUGGAGUUACGAUGUGUAUCGGGUGGAUUUGGCAACUGGGGAUCUAGUUGCAGUUAAUAGUCUCGGGCGAGAGCGUGCAUUGUUCAUGGGCAUGUAUUGCUCUCUCUCGGUCCCCAUAGAGAUUUUCCCCUCUGGCUCCAUGAGUGGUGACACUAUCUACUUGAGCUUUGACGCUGGUGAGAGGGAUGAUUUUGAGGCUUACCACCUCACAGACAGAAGCAUCACACCUCAUGACGGUUACAAUCUUCGUGAAUCGGUAAUGCUGCCACACACUAUUGUGGACUGCCUCGCCUUGUGCAUUACUGUGGGAUAUGAAGAACACACCAUUGGAUACGGAGAAGACUUGGAUGAUUUUUAA